UAGAAUCCAUAUAUACCGACUAGCUGAUCACCACGCUGACCGGCUUGACUGCCAGAGGCUUGAGAGCAGUGCCGAGGCACCCUGACAUCACACUCUGAGCUGCUUUCUCUUUCACAUUCUCGUACUUUUCCAGCUGACAGCCCAGACGGUGGGUACCGAUUCUGCCAGCAGCUGCAACUGUAAAGCAACGUUCAGAAAUGUCAGAUAUCCUCCGGGAGCUGCUCCGGGUCUCUGAGAAGGCUGCCAACAUUGCCCGGGCGUGCAGGCAGCAAGAAGCCCUCUUCCAGCUGCUGGUUGAAGAAAAGAAAGAGGGAGAAAAAAACAAGAAGUUUGCAGUUGAUUUCAAGACCCUGGCUGAUGUACUGGUACAGGAAGUUAUAAAGCAGAACAUGGAGAACAAGUUUCCAGGCUUGGGAAGAAAUAUUUUUGGAGAAGAAUCCAAUGAGUUUACUAACGACUUGGGGGAAAAGAUUACCUUGAGACUGUGUUCAACAGAGGAAGAAACAGUAGGGCUUCUUAGCAAAGUCCUUAAUGGUAACAAGUCAGCAUCUGAAGCACUGGCCAAGGUUGUUCAUCAGGAUGUUGCCUUUACUGACCCAUCUCUGGAGUCAAUCGAGAUCAAUAUUCCACAGGACAUUUUGGCAAUUUGGGUGGAUCCCAUAGAUUCAACUUACCAGUACAUAAAAGGUUCUGCUGAUGUCAAAUCCAACCAAGGGAUCUUCCCCUAUGGACUUCAGUGUGUCACUGUUUUAGUUGGUGUCUAUGACAGACAGACAGGGGUGCCCCUGAUGGGCGUCAUCAACCAGCCUUUUGUGUCACAAGACCUAAACACUCUCAGGUGGAAAGGACAGUGCUACUGGGGCCUCUCUUACCUGGGGACCAACAUCCAUUCACUUCAGCACGCCAUCUCUGAAAGAAACAGUGGUGAGGCUCAGCCCAGCAACACCAGCUCCGACGUGGAAUUCUCUCAGCGUUUUUCAGCAGUCAUCAGUACAAGUGAAAAGGAGACUGUCAAAGCCGCCUUGUCACGUGUCUGUGGAGAUCGUGUGUUCCGGGCAGCCGGGGCUGGCUACAAGAGCCUUUGUGUUGUCCAAGGCCUUGUUGACAUUUACAUCUUUUCAGAAGAUACCACGUUCAAGUGGGACUCUUGUGCUGCUCAUGCCAUACUGAGGGCCAUGGGUGGGGGAAUAGUAGACUUGAAAGAGUGCUUAGAAAGAAACCCCCAAAUGGGGCUUGAUUUGCCCCAGUUGGUAUACCAUGUAGAAAAUGAGGGUGCCACUGGGGUUGAUCGGUGGGCCAACAAGGGGGGACUAAUUGCAUAUAGAUCCAGGAAGCGCCUAGAGACGUUCCUGAGUCUGCUCAUCCAAAACCUGGAACCUGUGGAGGCACAGACAUAGAUUCUGACCUCAGUGCGUGUGUAUAUGUGUAUAAACUGAACUGUGAAACUGCUUCCCAUUAUCUCUGUCUUUUGGAGAUAGCAUUGUCCUAUUGCUGGUUAAUAUUCAUCUUCCUUUUUUGAGGAACAUUUUUCCAUUAUGUGUUCAUAAUAAUGUUAACAUCAAUAAAUUAAUACAUCUAUGCAAAAAUUAAA